AUGUCUCAAAUCCGUCAUUUAAUUUCAAUUAAGGACCUAUCUGACCAAGAGUUCUCCAUAUUGGUCAACAGGGCUGAAUACUAUAAAAAUGUAUUCAAAAGCAAUGACCUAGCAGAGUUCCAAAAAAAUCAUUUGAAACUAAUAGGAAGAACCAUAGCAUUGCUAUUCAGCAAGAGAUCCACAAGAACCAGAAUCUCUACUGAAGGUGCUGCUGCUUUCUUUGGUGCUCAAUCAAUGUUCCUAGGCAAGGAUGAUAUUCAACUGGGCACUAAUGAAUCGUUUUAUGACACCACCAAGGUUGUCUCCUCGAUGGUUUCCUGUAUAUUUGCAAGAGUCAACAGUCAUGAUGAUAUUCAAAACUUGUGCAAAGAUUCUUCUGUUCCAAUCAUCAACUCUCUGUGUGAUAAGUUCCAUCCAUUGCAAGCAAUUUGUGACUUGUUAACAAUCAAGGAGCAUUUAGACUACACAAACAACAAAUUAAAAUUGGCCUGGAUAGGUGAUGCAAACAAUGUCAUCAAUGAUUUAUCAAUUGCAUGUUUGAAGUUAGGCAUAGAUGUCAUAGUGGCGACCCCAGAUGGAAUUGAACUGGAUAAAGAUAUUUUUGAAGAAGCUAAAAAGAUAGCUAAAAAAAACAAUUGCCAAUUUGAGAUCACACACGAUUCAGAAAAGGGUUCAGCAGGAGCUAACGUUUUAGUUACCGACACAUUCAUUUCAAUGGGAGAAGAAUAUGCAAAGAAAAUAAAGUUGAAACAAUUCAAAGGCUUCCAAAUCAACUCUCAAUUAGCGGCAUUAGCUGCUCCCAAUUAUAAAUUCAUGCAUUGUUUACCAAGACAUCACGAAGAAGUUACUGAUGAAGUAUUCUAUAGUGAGAAUUCUAUUGUGUUCCAAGAAGCAGAAAAUAGAUUGUAUGCUGCUAUGGCUGUAAUUGAUGUCUUCGUAAUUAACAAAGGUAAUUUCAACGCUGCAGCAUAA